AUGACCCUGCAAGUGGGAUGCGACGGUGGUGGCUCGGACUUUGACCCUCCUCGGGCUCACCUGUGCUUCCCUCAAGGAGGCAGCGGCCAUGGCAGCGGAGGAGAGGCCCGAGACCACAUGUUUGCCAUCAGAUGCAACAUGGGCCCGCUAAUGCACUUCUGGUACCUGUGGCUCGACUGCACCUUCCCCGCUGCCAGCUUCAGCAGGAUCCACAGCGUCCUCAAGAAGGUUUUCAUCGACCAGAUCAUGGCCUCCCCAGCGCUGGGAGUUUGGUACUUCUUGGGGAUGGGGUCUCUGGCGGGGCAGAAGCUGGACCAGAGCUGGCAAGAGUUGGAGGACAAUUUCUGGGAGUUCUAUAAGAUUGACUGGUACAUGUGGCCCCUGGUGCAGCUGAACGACUUCCUCUUCCUUCCCGCCGCGUACCGGGUGCUCUACAUGAACGUCAUCACCCUCGGCUGGAACACCUACCUGUCGUACCUGAAGCACCGGCCUAAGCACCCAUCACUCAGCGUGGAGGAAAAUGAUGAAGCCGACACAGUCAAGAUCGAAAUGACUGGGUGA